UCCUGGUUAUCAACAGACAGACAUUUCUCCACUACAACUUCAUCUUCCUUAAAACCCCCAAAUCCCAUCCAAAUCUAACAAUCCAACAAAAUCUCUCAAAUUUCUUCAUCCAGUACUCUGUUUUUUCAUCAAGAAAUGGGAAGGUUCAAACCAUUUGAUUUCCUCAGUGAUGAAAUCAUCUUCACAAUCCUCGAUUCCCUUUCAUCAUCUCCAUUAGAUCUCAAAUCAUUUUCAUUAGUCUGUAAAUCGUUUCAUUCCCUUGAAUCAAAACACAGAAAAACCUUAAAACCAUAUUCAACAAAGCUGGUAAACAAAAUCCUUACCCGUUACCCUUUUGUAUCAAGUCUUGAUUUUUCAUUAUGCCCGAGAGUUACAGACAAAACCCUUUGUUUGAUUUCAUCAUCAAUUGGUUUGAAAUCAAUUAAUUUUUCAAGGUCUAAUUUUUUUACACAUUUGGGGGUUUCAAGUUUAGUAAGUAAUAAUUGUUUAUCUUUGACUGAGAUUGACUUAUCAAAUGGGAUUAGUCUUAAUGAUUCUACUGCAUCUGUGAUUAGUGAAGCUAAGAAUUUGGAGAAGCUGUGGUUAUCUAGAUGUGUUUUGAUUUCAGAUAUGGGUAUUGGCUGUAUUGCUGUUGGUUGCAAGAAGCUGAAAUUACUUGAUUUGAGAUGGUGUUUCAGUUUGAGUGAUUUGGGGGUUGGUUUGGUUGCUGUCAAAUGUAAACAUCUGCAAAGUUUGGAUCUUUCUUACAUUCCGAUAACAAACAAAUGCCUUCCAGCAAUAUUUGAACUACCGUAUCUCAAAAGCUUGGCUCUUGUGGGAUGUUGCCUUAUUGAUGAUGAAGGUCUUGCUAAUAUCAGACAAGGAAGCAUGUCGUUAGAGACACUGAAUAUAUCAAACUGUACGGAGGUGAGUCAUAUUGGUCUCUCUGCCGUGACAAAUGGGGCUGCAUCGUUACGUCAGCUUAUCAUAGCAUAUGGAUCUCCGGUCACAGUUUCUCAGACUGAUUGCAUGCAAAGGCUUCCGAUGUUGCAGUCAGUCAAAUUGGAUGGUUGUCAACUUACAUCUUUAGCCCUGAAGGCUAUUGGAGAUUGGUGCAUAUCACUAAGGGACCUAAGCUUAAGCAAGUGUGUCGGAGUGAUGGAUGAUGGUCUGUCUUUACUUGUGGCGAGGCACAAAGAGCUGAGAAAGCUAGACAUUUCAUGCUGUCGUGAGAUAACUCGUCUUUCUAUGGAUAGCAUCACAAAUUCAUGCACCUCACUUACUUCCCUCAGGAUGGAAUCUUGUAGCCUGGUCUCAAGGGAAGCUUUCAUCUCCAUUGGGAAGAAAUGCCAUUUCUUGGAGGAGCUCAAUUUUACAGAUACUGAACUAGAUGAUGAAGGGUUGAUGUCUAUAUCUAGAGGUUCCAGGCUUUCUGUUCUGAGAAUAGGUAUUUGCUUAAACAUAACCGAUGAGGGGCUUAUCCAUGUAGGCACUCAUUGUCCAAAAUUGAUUGAGCUCGACCUGUACAGGUCCCCGUCGAUAACUGAUUUGGGGAUUGCAGCAAUUGCUAGUGGAUGUCCCAAUCUGGAGAUGAUUAAUUUGGCAUAUUCUACGGACGUUACUGAUAAUUCCCUUUUAUCUUUGUCAAAAUGCACAAAGAUAAGUACUCUAGAAAUGCGAGGAUGUCCUAGUAUUUCGUCUACGGGUUUCUCAGCCAUUGCUCAGGGUUGUAAGCAACUUACCAAACUGGACAUAAAAAGCUGCUUCAAUAUUAACGAUUCUGGAAUGGCUCUGCUUGCUCAUUUUUCCCAAAGCCUGAAACAGGUAAGUGAGAUAAAUUUGUCAUAUUGUUCUGUAACUGAUGUCGGCCUCUUAGCACUAGCUAAUAUCAGUUGCUUACAGGUUGUGACUAUAUUACACGUGGACGGCUUGACUGCGAAUGGCUUGGUAGCUGCCUUGGUGUCAUGUAGGGGACUCAGAAAAGUGAAACUCCACACAUCCUUUAAAUUCUCACUCUCUCAACCUUUUAUUGAACAUAUUGAGUCUCGUGGUUGCUCGUUCCAAUGGAGGGAUAAACCAUUCCAGGCCGCAGUUGAUGCAAGGAGUUGGAAAGAACAAUUAGAAGCCCCCUUAUAGAUGUGCCAUGGGAGCAAUGUAUAUCAAGCAAUCACCAAGCCUGAGAACAUGCAACUAUUAUGGAUGGAAGGUAAUAAAGAGAACAUGCUAGUAACUUACGGGUCAAAUAAAUUUGGGUGGUGGAUGAAGAUUUAACCCUUGAUUAUUCGAUUAUUCACUAAGAUACCAGGCUGUGCCAAAAAAUGAAGUUUAGUCCCUGUCUCUGUAAGGUUUCGAAGAAAUUGGAAACACCUAGAUUUCUGUAUUUGUAUUCCUGUUGUUUUGAGGCUUGUAAAAUUGUGUAUGUUCUGGAAGCAUGCUAUCCCUCCUAAGAUACGCUUCUUCUUCUGGUGAGCGGCCUGGGAGAAAAUACUGAAGCUUUUGAACAUUCAAGGACGGGGCAUUUGUCUGGCUAGUAGGUGCUCUCUUUGCAAUUGCUGCGUUGAAUUAGCCGCACACUUAUUUUUGAAGUGCCCCCUCUCAACGGCAGUUUGGCAUAUGAUCCCUGCUGAUGUUAAAAUUAAUCCCCUGUCCUGUUCCUGGUCUUCUUAUGGAAUUGAUGGUCCCGGCAAAACAAUUUGGCAUCUGAUUCUUCAUGUUAUCAUCUGGUCUCUUUGGUUACUGCGCAAUUUCAGAAUUUUUGAAGAAAAGUGCAUGCAGUUCCCCUCAACCGGCGGCUGUUGAAGAAAAGUGCAAUUCCUGGAACCUCCUCUUUGUCUCCGCCUUAACUUAGAUAAGGUCGCUGUAUAGAUAUUUGUUUUCUUCCCACUUCUGGGCAGUUUGUUGUGUUUCUGUUUACCUGCUCACACAGCGUACUUGUAUAGUUCUCUUCUUAAUGCAAUCCCCUUUUUCUUGAUCUAAAAGGUUGUAUUUGUUUCAUCAAUUCUGAUCUGAAUCUCAGAUACUUGGCGUUUCCUAGUGUCUCUUUA